AUGAUGUGGCACGGUAGCCAGUACCUGACCAAUAGGCGUCAGUUUGAGAGGCGGAACGGACGCAAGACCAAAAUCUACCGCUCGAAGCGCACAGAGGUCCUUGACUUUCUCCUCAAGAUGCGUCGCCUGAGGACUUUAGUCGUCCAUCUGGAUGAGAGCAGCUCGUGGCGCAAGAGGCGCGGGCAUGAGCCCUGGGACGUAAUCGACUACCACGAGAGUCGGUCGCGUGGAUACCCGCAGUACAGGCUGCUCAGAAAGCUACACACCAUCCAGGGCCUUGAUAGCAUUCUGAUGCUCCGUGACAUGGAGUCUGUCAGAAUCAACGACGUUAAAGCCCAUGCUGAGAGCCUCGCCGCGGGCAUUGAUCAGAGGAUUCCCUCAUGGGACUGGAGCUUCAGGAACGACAUCGCAAGCCAGGUCACGCAGCCGAAGUGCGCGCGCCGCCGCCGCGAUGCGGAGCUUCGUCACCUUGAUCCGCUAGGGGACUAUGUGCCUACUGCAGAUGAUUGGGCCAUCGUCACUCGCUGGUUCACAGACCCACCGGGCGUCGUCCCUAACGGGCAAUCUGAGCAUGAUCUCAUGGAUGUGCAGACCCCAAGCGUCGGUUCGUCUGAUGAUGAUUCUUCUAACAGCGGCCCGGACACUGACUCUGACUCGCCACACCCCCCCGGUGGCGGCGGACCAGGCGGUGACGGACCAGGCGGCGGCGACUCAGAUGAUGACUCGGACCAUAGUGAUUCCGAUGGAGCCAAGGCAAGCUCCCCGAUGGAAAUGGGAAGCCUAGGCCUGAGCUCCGAGGGCGAGGAGAACAUCAACCAGUCGCACGAGAGUGAUGAUGCCGACGACGAUAUGGACGAGGACUCAGACGAUGAUGAGCAGGAUAGCGAGCAGGAUGACGACGAUUUCCAUGGUAUUGAGCAGAGUGAGCUUCCAGAGUUUGACGCCAAGAGUGAAGCUUCAGACGGAUCUGGCAUUGCGAUGGACAUCGACGAGUACGAGCCGGAUCGGGAGCGAAGGGAUCAUGAGCGGCGUGACCGCCAGGGAAGCGCGGCCAGCGAGGAAAGCGAGUCGAUGUUCAUCCCCAACGACACGCCUUCCAGGGCCAGCAGUGAGGCCAUCAUCGAUCUGACCGGGGACGAACCCGGCCUGGCGGAUGACAGCCAGGGAAAGCGUUCGCAGUCUCUCUCUCCUGACGGGGAAGGUGACGACGAGGGUGGAGGUGACAAGCGGGCCCAGACGUAUUCCCCCCUGAUGGAUAUCGACGAAGAGAUGGUGGUGGUGGGUGUUGAGCGUUUCGUCUCUGAGCCUUGGUUUUGA